CGAAAGAAGACACGUUUGACGAUAAUACUAAUUAAAGUAAUUGAACAAUAAGACAUUUCAUAACCAAUCUAAUAAAUCAUAACAUUCUUACAUUGCACGACAUUGUCGCGUUAAACUCGAAUUGAGCAUUAUGGGUAAACCGAAUAAGCCAAAACGUGUUAAGCGUGAAAAAUACAUUAGAAAUAAAAACAUAAUCGAAAAUAAUCCCAGAGAUGAACCCACAAAUAAUCCCGAAGAAAAGCUGGAAAGAAAGCCUCUAAAAGAAUCUAAACUUGUCAUACCAAAAGAGUCUGGAGAGGAAAACGAAAAUCGCCCUGCAGCAGAGCUCGGAAAUGACCUCAAUGCAGCGUUAUUACGAAUGAACAUCAGAAAUGAGCCCGACAAUGACCCCGGGAAUGAGCCUGAAGAUGACCCCAGAGUUAAGGUCGAAUGCAUAUCAUUUAAUUCAAUUGCUCUUGAAGAUAUCAGAGAUAUUCUGUACGAAUUACACGAAUACUUUGACGAAUUUCAAAUUGAAAUUGUUGCCUGUCCUGAUUUAACCAGAGAACCGUACAAUUUUAAAGUGACUGGAAUGUCCGGGGAUACAAAAAUUUUACAAGUAUAUACCCCUUAUAAUAUUGAAAUAAUGCAAGAAGAUAGCAAUGAAAGAAUAUCCUUUAAAAUGGGAACGAACUAUUAUACCAGUAAUCAUGAACCGGGAAUGGUGCUCAAAAUACGCGCUAAAGGACGCAAAACCAAUUACAACAUCAUAACAUUAAUACAGAAUAUUUUGCAUAAGCGCUUAUACUUUAAAAUAGGGUUAGGUGGCCUGCUUCUAAUACAAGGGGGACACAUAAAACUGGGCAAAUUUCCAAAAAAUGACGAGCCACGGUUUGAGGAUAUAGACUGUAAUUUAAAUGCAAACGUAUUUCUGGGCGUAAUAGUCAAUGAUCCAGUCAUAAUUGAAGGACAACAUGAUGGACUUUUUUAUACAAAUGAUCGUUACAUGUUUCGCUCAACCUUUGACUUAGAACUCGACCGAUUUCUCAACGACAUCACGCCAGAAGAGACAGAAUAUGUUGGUUACUUUGAUGUAGCGGAACGUAUGUUAUAUUGUUAUUAGCAUACUUACUAAAACGUAUCAUUCUACAUACAUUAAUUUAUAAA